AUGGGUGGGGGUGUGGGAAUGGGCGUGGGGAAUGGUAUGGGUGGCGGGAUGGGCAUGGGUGCUGGUAUGGGCAUGGGUGGUGUUGGGAUGGGCAUGGGUGGUUUAGCUGGUAUUGCGGCGCUUUCAAACCCGCUUGCGAUCGGUGGGACUGCUGCCAGUCCUGCUGCUCAUGCUCAGAUGGGUAACUCACAAAUGGGCGGGGCCCAGAUCGGUGGUGCGCAAAUGGGCAACGCCCAAAUGUCACCCACCCACGCUGGCAACGGCAAUAACUCCCCUCCGCCGAUGAUGAAUAUGAACAUGUUUGGGAUGGGGUUUGGGGGGAGUGUGCAGGUGGGGAGUUUGCAGCUUGGGUUGACUGUGAGUUUGCAGGCGCCGCCUGGGGUGAAUCAUAAUGCGUGGUUUGGGUCUCCGCCGUCCAGUCCGACUAUGAUGGCUACCACUUCCGGUGGUGAUGGUGUCGUUGGUGGUGGAGACCAGGGCCAGCAACAGCUCUCGGUUGCUGGGGGAGGCCCGCAGAUGCAGGGUCAAGGACAAGGGCAGGGGCAGGGCCAAGCACCGAUGAACCUUGAUUUUGAUAUUGGGAUGGGGAAUGGAGAUUCGAUGUUUGGACUUGGGUCUGGUGGGCAGAUGAUGCAGGGUGCCACUAGUGCUUGUGGUUCUGGCGGUGGUGGAGGUGUGAUGGGUAUGGGUAUGGGCAUGGGCAUGGGAUACCCGCAUGGGAUGGGCAUGGGUGCUGCGAUGGGGAUGGGGAACGGGUUGGCGAUGGGUGGUGGUGGCGGUGGGAUGAGGGAUGCGAUGGGCAUGGGAGUGGGCAUGGGUAUGGGUGUUGGUGUGGGCAUGAUGAACCAACAGGGGGCGAAUCCGAGGGGUGUUAAUCCCAACUCGAGUGGAGCGGGGAAUGGGACUGGAACUGGCGCGGGUGAAGGAGGGAAUAAUCCGACUUCGCCUACGCAGCCGACUAGCAGUACCCCCAAUACGUUGAGCUUUGCUCUUGGAUAGACGUGUGUCGUCGUCAUUUUUUGUCUAUUUUUCUUUUGCUUGGAUAUCGCUCUCACCUUGGUCUUUUUUUGGUUUCGGUUAUGCGCUCGGUCGGUUUUAUGCUAUUUAUUAUCUCCAGUUGGGGUGUUUGAUAUCACUCUUUCAUCUUCUUAUCGCUACCCGCCAUCGUGCUACCCUGGUGCUAUAUUUGCUUGCUAUCCGCUAGUAUUACUACUACCUGGAGUUAUAUGUUUUCGAUUUCUUCAUCCGUGUCUAUGUCCAAUUAUAUGUUCUCAAGGGUUUUUACUAUAUCUACUACUAUACUGUUUUUCCCCCCUUUUUUAAAAAAAGAGACGCUGGUUACUGGUUAGAAUUGUAACAUUAGAAUCUUGUGAUUUUUUUACUAUACCUCUACUAUGGCUCACCAGUA